CCGCCACGAGGAUAUUGAGCAUGCGCAGUUCGCAGACGGAAGCCGAGAAGGAAGGGGGCGGGGCCGAGGCUGGCGGGCGCGGGGAAAAUGGCGGCAGCGGCGGCGGCUGCGACAAACGGGACUGGAGGGAGCAGCGGGAUGGAGGUGGAUGCAGCAGUAGUCCCCAGCGUGAUGGCCUCUGGCGUGACGGGCAGCGUUUCCGUCGCUCUUCAUCCCCUUGUCAUUCUCAACAUCUCAGACCACUGGAUCCGCAUGCGCUCCCAGGAGGGGCGUCCUGUCCAGGUGAUUGGGGCUCUAAUCGGGAAGCAGGAAGGCCGAAAUAUCGAGGUGAUGAACUCCUUUGAGCUGCUGUCCCACACCGUGGAAGAGAAGAUAAUCAUUGACAAGGAAUAUUAUUACACCAAGGAGGAGCAGUUUAAACAGGUAUUCAAGGAGCUGGAAUUUCUGGGUUGGUAUACUACAGGAGGGCCGCCUGACCCCUCCGACAUCCACGUCCAUAAGCAGGUGUGUGAAAUAAUUGAGAGUCCCCUCUUUCUUAAGUUGAACCCUAUGACCAAGCACACAGAUCUGCCUGUCAGUGUUUUUGAGUCUGUCAUUGAUAUAAUCAAUGGAGAGGCUACAAUGCUGUUCGCUGAACUGACCUACACACUGGCCACAGAGGAAGCUGAACGCAUCGGUGUAGACCAUGUAGCCCGAAUGACAGCAACAGGCAGUGGAGAGAACUCUACUGUGGCUGAACAUUUGAUAGCACAGCACAGUGCCAUCAAGAUGUUGCACAGCCGUGUCAAGCUCAUCUUGGAGUAUGUCAAGGCCUCUGAAGCAGGAGAAGUCCCCUUCAACCAUGAGAUCCUGCGGGAGGCCUAUGCUUUGUGUCACUGCCUCCCUGUGCUCAGCACAGACAAAUUCAAGACAGACUUUUAUGAUCAAUGCAACGAUGUUGGGCUCAUGGCCUACCUUGGUACCAUCACCAAAACUUGCAACACCAUGAACCAGUUUGUGAACAAAUUCAACGUCCUCUACGACCGACAAGGCAUCGGCAGGCGAAUGCGGGGUCUCUUCUUCUGACGAGGAGCCGCCUGAAAUUGGGCAGGGGUGAAGCCACGUGAUAUGCAGCGCUGCUCUGCCUCAGAAAACCGGACACUUCGGCCCCCCGAGACCAGUUCACGGACAGUGGCAAAUAUCACAUCUGCUGGUCUCUGAGUCCUGAAGGAAAUGCAUGAGUUUGUAAGAUCAGGGAAUAAACCAGUACACUCGGCAGCAACACAGGAUGGUGGCUGGUAUUAAUAUUGAGGCCAACCUCAUAUGCUUGUGAAUACAGAAGCCACAAAGAUAAAGUGACCUGCUCAAGAAA